CUAUCUCUCUCUUUGUCUCUCUCUCCACAUGAAGAGGCCCACAUGUAGAGGCUUAUCAAUGGCAAGUCAAGAAACCACGGAUCAACAAGAAGAAAGCUGCAGGUACAUGGAGCGACUAGAAGUCGACGGCAACGGCACGGGGGAGCGCGACGUGGGGGCGUACGACGAUGAGGAGGAGGAAGAUGAUGACGAUCUCGCCGGUGGCGGGGCACGCGGCGGCGCGGGGGGACUCGGUGAGAAGAAGAGGCGGCUGGCAUCGGAGCAGGUGCGCGCGCUGGAGCGUAGUUUCGAGGCGGACAACAAGCUGGACCCGGAGCGCAAGGCCCGCAUCGCCCGCGACCUCCUCCUCCACCCGCGCCAGGUCGCCGUCUGGUUCCAGAACCGCCGCGCGCGCUGGAAGACCAAGCAGAUCGAGCGCGACUUCACCGCCCUCCGCUCCCGCCACGACGCCCUCCGCCACGAGUGCGACUCCCUCCGCCGCGACAAGGACGCCCUCGCCGCCGAGAUAAGGGAGCUGAGGGAGAAGGUGGAGAUCAACCAGGAGAUAGCCGUGAAGCUGGAGCAGAAGCCGUCGUCGGCAGCCGCUGCGGCAAUCUACAAGCAGGACGGAUCAACUGACAGCGACUCGAGCGCCGUGCUCAACGAGGAGGCGUCGCCCUACUCCGGCGCGGCCUUCGACCAGCACAACCAUCCACCCCAGCUAAGCUUCACGGGGUUCACCUCUUUCCUGGGCGCCCCCUCGAGUGCGUUGACGCUGAGCUCAUCUUUCCCUUCUUUGUACAACGGAUCGCAUUUCGACCAGGACGACGCGCUCCUACUUGGCGCCACCGCCGCCGACGAGCUCGGGGGUGCUGGCCUCUUUGCCACCGACCAGGAGCACACUGGCGGCCUCUCCUGGUACGGUGGCCAGGGGUGGUAGCUCCUACUGAUCGAGCUGUUGGUUGAUUGUUGUCCACCAUGCAUACUUGUAAAAAUAUGGCAACGUAGGCAAGGGGGUAAGUAAAGUAACUUGCUAAAGUCAAUUUCUAUAGUUUUAAGUUUUAACUGGCUAGGGCACGCAGAUAUGCAUGUCAGUCAGAGAGAUAUUUACGAGAAAACAUGCUUACAUGCAUGCAGGCCGGUUAAUUUCAG